GUUUUGUUUAUGUAUGGCCGCCCACCUCUUGCCGUUUUAAAUCGUGCAGUAAUGCAGCGAUUCUAGUUUUUAACAGCUUGAACUACACACAAUGGCGGAACGAAACUACCGCCUGAAGCAUCUGCUACAGGCCUGUCAAAAAUAACCAAGUUUCGACGGAUCGCAAUGUUUCAUUUGAACUCGACGUGAUCUGAGGUUCGGCAAUGGACGCCGAUGACUCAGAGUCUGGAAGGGAGCCCCGCCACAGCCACAGGGAAAGUCCAACUCGCUCUGCACGCUCUGCCUCAGGGGCGGACGGCGCGGACCUCAGGGGGAGCGCCUCGGAGAGACACAGCUCCAAGAGGCGGUCCAAAAGGAGUCGUGAUAGAGGCUUAGAGGAACGGAGAAAGCAGACUCAAAGUCGUCGGUCAAAAUCACACCAUGAAGAAAUGCAUGAUUCACGAUCCUCAGCUGGUGCAGGAAGAGGUGAACAUAGUCGUCACCAUAAGAAGAGAAGUAGAUCAAGAGAUGCAAAGUACGAUGAGUAUAUGGAAACUCCUGUCACUAGAGUCCUUCGUGAGGUACCUGAUGAUAUUUUAGAUACGCCUCGUCCUAAUGUCUAUGGUGCUCAACAACAUGCUUAUUAUGGUGAUGGAGACAGCGAACACUACAGGAUUCAAAAGGGCAGAGAUUGUGUUUAUGUUGAACAUUAUGAUGGUUUCUCCUCCAUUCCACGGCACAGUGCCUUCACAGGCCACGGCAGUGACCUUGAUAAAAGGUGGUUUGAUUUGAACACAGCCUCUUCUCUUGAUGUUGCCAUAGCUGUGCAAAAAGUGUGGAUUCCACUUACUGACUUUUGCCAUGGACUAUUGGCAGGUGUUGCUCUGAUGCAAGCAAUAAUAGUCGAUAGACUUAUUGGAUUUUCUCCUGAAGAGACAGCACAUUUUGUGUCUUUCUACAGCAACUUUUCUCUAAUUUUCACCACUAUUUUUCUUCUUCUUGCCAGUGUGUGCCUUGUUUCUAUUUUUGAUAGAUUGGAUCUUGCCCGAGGGGACUGGCCAUAUUUAAUGGACCUAUUUUCUGUACGUCCUCGUAUCCCCUGGCUUUUAAUUCCUGUCUACAUUUGUGGACUGAUUCUUGCACUUGCUGCUGCUAAAGGAGAUGACUGGAUACAUCUCUCUCAAUACAACCACUCUAAUUUUACUCUUCUCAAGGGAGACUUGGACAUGCUGAGCUCUUGGCAUAUAUUGAACUCUUUACGGUGUGCCUGUGUUGUUGUUGGAUGGCUACUAAUUUCAGUCAGUCACCCUCCAGAUCUACUUUUGAACCUUCUAGUCGACAUGCUUUCUCACCAGAAUGCUGAAACCAAACCAAAAAUUGAAGCUGGACAGUCAGCUUCUCACUAAAUUAUAACAGUGUACAUAAUUUCAUUCAUUUCCAAUAAAGUCAUUUUAUUCAUA